AUGUGCUGGACCAACUGCUCCACGUCGGAGAACGGCACCGACUAUGACAAUAACCUCACGGACGAGGACGAAGAUGGCUUCCACAGACAGGGAUACGAGCCCUAUCGGAGAGUGGUCUUCACCACCAUAAAAGGGAGUCGUCAGGCGAACUUGACCACUCUCACCGUCCCCGCAGUAGGGUCCCUAAGCGGCGACGGUGUUAUGAAGUGCGCUCUUCUCACGAGCCCGGCACCCGCUCCCAAUCCUUGCAAAUCUAGCGUAGCACCUGAAGCUGCCUCGAGUAUCUCAUCGAGCCUCACUCGUGCCGAAUGCUCCUGCUGUUAG